GCCGGGCGCUGCGUGCUCGGCGGCGGGAGAGAGAGGGCGGGCGGGAGGAUGCGGCUGAAGCUGGGCUUCCUGCUGCGCGCCGUGCUGCUGGCGGGCAGCUUCUUGGGGCUGCUGCUGCUCUGGUCCUCGCUGUCGCCCCGCGCCGAGGAGCCGGAUCUCCCGGGACGGACGCGGGAUGACAAAGAAGCCAGCAGACCUCUGCCAAACAAAGGAGACCAUGGACUAGGAAAUGAGAAAUUCAAACCUGUGGUACCUUGGCCUCAUGUUGAAGGUGUGGAAGUGGACUUGGAAUCCAUUCGAAGGAAAAAUAAGGCCAAAAAUGAACUAAAUCAGCAUGGUGUUGAUAACAAGCAGCCAAACAUCCUCCAGAGGCAGUAUCUCACAUUCAAACCUCAGACAUUUGUAUACCCAGACCCUGUGUUACGACCUGGAGUCCUUGGUAACUUUGAACCCAAAGAGCCUGAGCCUCAUGGAGUUGUUGGUGGCCCUGGGGAGGAGGCGAAGCCAUAUGUCUUAGGAGCAGAUUACAAGGAAUCCGUUCAAGCCAGCAUUAAGGAGUUUGGGUUUAACAUGGUGGCGAGCGAUAUGAUCUCGCUGGAUCGGAGCGUCAAUGACUUGCGCCAGGAAGAAUGCAAGUACUGGCAUUAUGAUGACAACCUGCUCACCUCCAGCGUUGUCAUCGUCUUCCACAAUGAAGGGUGGUCCACGCUCAUGAGGACAGUCCACAGUGUCAUCAAGAGAACACCAAGAAAGUACUUGGCAGAAAUUGUUCUGAUUGAUGAUUUUAGCAACAAAGCACACUUACAAGAGAGGCUGGAUGACUACAUAAAGCAGUGGAAUGGCCUUGUAAAGGUAUUUCGAAAUGAGAGGAGAGAAGGUUUGAUCCAAGCUAGAAGCAUUGGAGCCCAGAAGGCUAAACUUGGGCAGGUUUUGAUUUACCUAGAUGCCCAUUGUGAGGUGGGAAUUAAUUGGUAUGCACCACUUAUAGCUCCUAUAUCUAAAGACAGAACUACAUGUACUGUACCUCUAAUAGAUUACAUAGAUGGGAAUGAUUAUUCCAUUGAGCCACAACAAGGUGGGGAUGAAGAUGGUUUUGCCAGAGGGGCCUGGGACUGGAGUUUGCUAUGGAAACGCAUUCCGUUAAGCCACAAGGAAAAGUCCAAACGAAAGCAUAAAACUGAGCCCUAUCGGUCCCCUGCCAUGGCUGGUGGAUUGUUUGCCAUUGAACGUGAUUUCUUCUUUGAGCUGGGUCUCUAUGAUCCAGGGCUUCAAAUCUGGGGUGGUGAAAACUUUGAAAUUUCUUACAAGAUCUGGCAGUGUGGGGGAAAGCUGCUGUUUGUUCCCUGUUCUCGUGUUGGACACAUCUAUCGUCUGCAGGGCUGGCAGGGAAAUCCACCCCCUGUGUACGUUGGCUCUUCUCCUACAUUAAAGAACUAUGUCAGAGUUGUAGAAGUGUGGUGGGAUGAAUACAAAGAUUACUUCUAUGCCAGCCGGCCGGAGACAAAGGCGCUGCCCUACGGAGAUAUAUCUGAGCUGAAGAAAUUCCGUGAAGAUCACAACUGCAAAAGUUUUAAGUGGUUUAUGGAAGAAAUAGCAUAUGAUAUAACUUCAUAUUACCCCUUACCACCCAAAAACGUGGACUGGGGAGAGAUUAGAGGCUUUGAAACUUCUUACUGCAUCGACAGCAUGGGGCACACCAAUGGUGGCUUUGUUGAGCUUGGGCCCUGCCACAGAAUGGGAGGGAAUCAGCUUUUCCGAAUCAACGAGGCCAAUCAACUCAUGCAGUACGAUCAGUGCUUAACUAAAGGACCAGAUGGAUCCAAAAUUAUGAUUACACACUGUAAUCAGAAUGAAUUCAAGGAGUGGCAAUUCUUCAAGAAUCUACACAGAUUUACUCACAUUCCAUCAGGGAAGUGCUUGGAUCGCUCCGAAGUCCUCCAUCAAGUUUUCAUUUCAGAGUGUGACUCCAGUAAAGCAACACAAAAAUGGGAAAUGAACAACAUCCUUAGUGUGUAGACAGACAAAACCUACCUACUGACACAUUCAUUUGUACAGGACUGAAAAUAGCCUGAAAACUGCUGCAGUUAUUAACUUUGUACAGCUGUGAGCCUCCUGGCUUGAAUGAAGGACAUAGAGGAACUGUGAUUAUUACAAUAACAUUAUCAUCUGCAGUUAAUGUUUACAAAACUGCUUUACCUUAAACUCUGUAGAUGUUUACAUCUUUUUGUUUCGAAAUGUUGGUAAAUUAAUGUGCUGUUAGCUAUGGUUCACAGGAACAUAGUUAAAAGCGUUGUCGUCUUCUUUGGGAUUACACUCAGGGGUCUGAAGGCAGUUUUUUUACACACACUUGAAAAGGUUGUAGUAAUCAGAUUUUCAUAGAACUUGGUGAUUAUCAACCUGUUGUAUAUUUUUAUUUAAUUUUACAUCUUACUAAGCACUGCCACAGGUUAUUAGCCAGGGUGGCCUUCUCUCACAAUCAUGCUGCUUUUUUGGAAGAUGAAUUUGAACAUAUUUAGUGCCUCUUUCAUUUCUCUCUUUCACAAGGAAAGCAUUUGUUGGAAAUUUGCAGUGGGCUGCUCUGAGCUGUCACCAGGGGUAGGUACCACCCUAUGUAAUUACUGUGCUAACAAAGACAAAUUUCUAUUGCCAGUUUGGCUGCUCUGCUUUGACGGAGUGCUUGGUACAGUGGGAGGAAGACUGUCCAGUUUAGUGCUAAUGUGGUACCAUUUGAUGGAGGUAAGCACCCUCACAAAUCCAGUUAAGAAUUUAUAAGCACUGACUUGCUUGUUUAAACCAUGCCUUACAUAAAAAUAAUUGAAAUAAACAACAACAACAAAAAAAAAACCCAAGCUGCACAAUUAUGAAAAACUUGGAAAGAAUCAAAUACUUCAUUUAUACUGCUAUUUUGAAUGGAAAUCACUUAGAGGUAGGCUAAAACUUAUAAUUAGGAAAAAAGCAUCCAGCUACUUAACACAUCUGCGUAAUUCAUCACAAGGACAUCUGUCAGCCUGUUUGGAUGCCAGAUUUCGAUUCCAAAAGAGAAAUGGAAAUCCUGAAAUCACACUUGUUCGUACUAAUCUUCUUGCUAUUUCUGUCAUUCACAACUUCUCCAGAGGGAUUACAAACACGAAAAACCAGCUGCUUGGUGCUACAGUGUACAGAGUAGAAUGUGAAGAAGUUGUUUCUAAAAAUGUUCUGGAGAGGAGUUAAUGCAAACUCCCUUAGGAAUAUAAAUAUUGACUCUGAACAAAUAGAGAGGUGGAGAGGAAAUGACUUAUCCUCACUUCCUUUGUCCAGAUUUUGUAAUUUAAAUGUUGACAUCAGUGUACUGAUUCCAUAACUGUUGUCCCUAUAACACGUCACACUAUUAAGUAUGACUAAAUUCUUCCCUGAAGUCUAGGAUAGCAUUGCAUGCAGCUUCCAUUGAUGUUAACAAGGGUUAUGUAUCAUAUUUGGUGACAGACUUGGAUCUUUAUAGGGCUGUCAGCACUGAUCUAUUAGUUUGGGAUCUUUCCUAGUUUCUUUAAACUUCUCAUCUAUCCCUUCAGAGCGAUGAAAAAUAGAAAAUAAAGGAGGGAGAAACUGGAAAAAAAAAAGGAAAAUAAGGUUUUGUGCUGGUACUUGUUCCUUGUGUGUGUGAAAACUGACUCCAUUUGUGUGUUGGGUAGAUUAAUUUAAUCAUACAACUAUGCAUAAGAGAAAGAAUGGUGGCACAUAGAUUGUGCUGGUGUGCAUUUUAAAUGGGUAUUAUGUGCAAUUCAUUGAAAGCUGAUGCUGUGUGUGAAUAUGAGUCUGUAUGUGAGACUGAACCUUACAAAACAUGAGAUCAUAAGAAGCUGUUGCUGUAAUGACUUUUUCCUACUAUAGCCGGCUUGGAAAAAAAUAAUUCCCAUAUUCUUGCUUUGUAAGUUGAUGAUAAUAUCACUAUGCAUUUCUACAUAUUUUAUAAAUUUGAUUUAUGCAGAUUUUGAUACACUGUAUGUUUCUGUAGAAAUUGUAAAAAUCUUUAAAAAAUUUAUUAGGGAAAAAUCUGGGAAACCGAUGUAUAUCUUACUCAUGGGUUGCUUGUUUUUUAGGUGAAGUAAAUAAAAUAUUUGAAUUCUUUGUUUUACUAUACUUUUACAGAGUAAAAAUGGAUUAUUAUCUUUAUAGAAACCCCCCCAUAUCUCAAAAUCUAGGAAAUGUCAAUGUUACAAACUUACAAAUAUUAAAUGUGGUUUAUUUUAAGUUUUA